AUGUUCGUGGGGUCUGGUGGGGCUGCGAAGAUUUCAGCCGUGUGCCCCCGCUGCUGGCUCGUAUAUCUUCCCAUAUCUUUGCCAAUCUCCCUCUUCCUUCCCAGUCCCAGUCGCUCACCGACAAUCUUCCGCGCUCCCUCUGUCGGCUCUCUUUCUGCGAAUACUCCAGCGCACUGGGGUCGACCACGAUCACAAUGUCGAGUGCGUAGUGUUUUGAAUGGGUGUAUUGGUCGCGAGACGCAUGUCCGCUCAUCUAAGACACUGCAGGAGAGCCGAGCGGAUGGCAGAAGUCUGGCUAUGACUCGUCUGUCUGAAGAGUGCAGCUGGCGCCUGAAGAUGGGGCUCUACUGGUGGAAGAAAAUGGAUGGGCCGACCACGCCCUUGUCAGCUCGUGAGGCAUCCGUUUGUGCUCACUCCGUUCCUACUUUGUCGCAGCCGAAGACCGGUCUCUGUGGUAAUGGCAUUGAGGUGCGAAGCAGAGUGGCUGGUGCUUUCGUCUGUCGGUGGCACAUGUCAUCGCGAGCCUCGACGGCGACAGACCUCCAGGCACUGAGACGGCAGCCGGAGCUGCAUUGCUCGACUCGUCUCUUGCUGGGCGGUUGCUGUGCUCGAGCCUCGUCUACCGGCUUUCCCGCGGCGCUCUACUCGGACGCUGACCAGUUCACCCGUUCUUCGGCGGUCGACGCUCAUACUGCUGGUGCGGUCGUUUUCCGGAUUCCUCGGCCCCUCUGGCACAUACCUGUUCCACCGGCGGAUUGGCUAGGGCCUGGCGACUCCCUGGUCGGGUAA